UGUUAAUGUUACUCUUCUGCAAAAGAAUCCAUUGAGUACUCCAAAAUCUUAUUUAAUUCUUUGUUUGUUUAUUUCUUGGUACAAAUGUCUUUCAUAUCCUCUCUUGUUCUUGUUCUUUUAUGUUCUUCUCUCCAUGCAUGCAAUGCUAGAAAUUUUGGUGUGAUCAACAAGGAGGCUACAAAUAGAUUUUUCUUUACUACAGAGAACGAUGACAAGUUCAAUCUCGCUAAGGUUUCAAUUAAAUCUGACGUGAAAUCUUCGAUAUCAACAGCCAAAAAGGAAACCACAUUGAAGGAAAAGAAAGUAGAGGAAUACAAUCUCAAGACAAGUACUAAGAAGAGAGUAAUAGUACCAGGUGACACUCAAACUGAUCAGUCUAUGUCUUGGAGAAUGCCUCAUAAGAAAAGAGGACAAAAAGAUCCAGGAUUUAACUUGGAUUAUUUACCACCAAAGACCCAUCCCCCACUCCACAAUUGAUCGACUUCCGACUCUCGUGAAGUAAAUCGCGCGCCUACAUUCUGUCCAACAAGUCAAAAGAGAAUCAAUAGAUAUCCUUUCGGGAUUUAAUCAGGAAUCUGCUUGGGGACAAAAUUAAUCUAGAGGUG